GGGAGGAGAUGUGACUGACAGAGGGGGGAAGGGGAGGCUCAGUGAGCGACAGACUGCAUGGAGCUGAGGAAUAAAACCUGACGUGAGGCGUUCAGAGGCGGAGAAGGAGGAAAACUGGUGUUAAAACGCAGAAGCGGUGCCGAGGCGAGAGAAAGAGGAGACAAAAGAGGGAGAAGGGAGAGAAGGGGAACCCGCACAGAGGAGCCUCAACAAGCUCCGCUGACCCAGCUGCCCGGUCCCACCUGCUCUGUCCUCCCAUCUCCUGCACUCCAGAUCCAGCCCUGACCAGACCUCCCCCCUCCCUCACCUUGGACCUGCUGCCUGCUCCUGGAUCUCCUACUCGUCGUGGAGGGUCUCUGCCAGCCGUGUGCCCCCCUCGGCUCUGGAAAACACCCCGCCUGUCGCCCUCCUGGAACGAGGCUCUCCUGCCCGCUCUCCGCCGCCAACCUACCCCACCACGGAGGACGCCACCCGGGCCGCCGGUUCCUGUUGCGUUGCUGAUUUUCCGCCUCGGCCAAACGUGAGGAACAGAAGAAAACGGAGGAGAGAAUCUUAGGAGAGUUGAUUGACUUUGCUUCCUCUCCCUCCUUGCUGUUUCCCCUCUGAAUGAUUGAAGCCAUGCCCAUCGUGUCUGCAAGCACAGGGCUGCAUGAGACUCUGGCACUGCUCACCUCUCAGCUUCACCCUGAUGCCAACCACAAAGAGGACCUGGUCUUCCUCAAAGAUGUCUUCAGUGAGAAAAGCAUCAGUUACCUCAUGAAGAUCCAUGAGAAACUGAAGCAGUAUGAGAAACAGAGCCCCACUCCAGUCCUGCACAGCGCCUCCUGUCUGGCAGAGGAUCUGGCAGAAGAGCUUCAGAACGGACCUCUGGAGGAUGAUGAACGAGAGCUGCUUCUGCUGCUGAGCACUCCUCACCUCAAGGCAGUGCUGUCAGCUCACGACACAGUUGCCCAAAAGAAAUUUGACCCGGUGUUGCCGCCGCUGCCAGAUGAUCUGGACGAUGACCUGGAGGAGGAGUCGGUGAAGAUCGUCCGCCUGGUGAAAAACAAGGAGCCGCUGGGAGCGACUAUCCGGAGAGACGAAGCCACAGGAGCUGUGAUUGUAGCCAGAAUCAUGAGGGGAGGGGCAGCUGACCGCAGUGGUCUGGUCCAUGUAGGGGAUGAGCUUCGGGAGGUUAAUGGAAACCUAAUAACCCACAAAAGGCCAGAUGAAAUUAGUCAGAUUCUGUCUCAGUCACAAGGCUCCAUCACGCUGAAAAUCAUCCCAGCUGUUGCAGAAGAAGACAAACUGAAAGAAAGCAGGGUUUACAUUCGGGCUUUGUUUGACUACACACCAUUUGAGGACAAGGCCACGCCAUGUCAAGAGGCUGGACUUCCUUUUAAGAGGGGGGAUAUUCUUCAGGUUGUGAGUCAGGAGGAUGCUACCUGGUGGCAAGCCAAGAGGGUGGGCGACUGUAACCUGCGUGCCGCCCUCAUCCCCUCCAUACAGUUCCAGGAGAGGCGCCUGAGGUACAGGAUGAAAGUGGGUUCCCUCCCUACCCCUUCGUCCCUCAAAGCCUCGACAUAUGAUCGGACUGACAGAGAAGACUGUGACAGUAAAGGGGCUCUCAAUGGAAAGGACAUAGUUUCUCCCAAGAGUAAGGCAGCACCUGCCUUCUGUGGCCAUGCUUUCUCAUGGGAUUUUUACUCAGCCAGCCUUCGGCGAAGUUUCCGCCUCAGAAAGGAUCGGCAGGGUUCACCAGGAGACCCGCAAACUCCAGACGGUAAUCACUCCGAGUUCCUGAUUUAUGAGGAAGUCACACAAUAUCAGCCCCGCCCUAAUGAGAGGCCCCGCCUCAUAGUACUGAUAGGUUCACUCGGAGCUCGGAUCACUGAGCUCAAGCAGAAGGUGAUCGCUGAGAAUCCUCGACGGUAUGGCUUGGCUGUGCCUCACACCACUCGAGCCAGGAAGUGUCAUGAGAGAGAAGGAGUAGAGUACCUCUUCAUCAGCAAGGCAGCGUUCGAGGCUGACAUCCAGAGUGGCAAGUUUAUUGAAUAUGGGGAGUAUAAGGAGAAUCUGUACGGGACCAGUUUGGAGUCCAUUCAUAGAACUUUGGAUCAAAACAAGGUUUGCCUGGUGGAUGUGCAGCCAGAGGCACUGAGGACUUUACGAACGGCUGAGUUCAAACCAUACGUCAUCUUUGUAAGGCCUCACAUCUUUGACGGUCAAAGAAAGCACUUCGGCUCCUCUUCAUCACUCAGCAUAGGAAUCACAGAGGACGACCUCCAGGAAAUGAAGCAGUCGGCAGAGCAGAUGGACGAGAGCUACGGUCAUUGGGUGGACUAUGUCUUGGUGAAAGAGGACCCAGUCAGUGCCUUAGCAGAGCUCCAGGUCGUGCUGGAGAGGGUGCAGAUGGAGCCGCAGUGGGUGCCUGUGUGCUGGGUAAGGCGCUAGCCGGCUGAGCUCGACUGCACACCAAAGUGUGGGUAUGUCCGGAGUGAUCCAGUGUUCACUGCCAUAAAACCAUUCCACAAAUCUGGGUUUGUUAGUGAACUCGCCAUCAUCUGCAAUGACCGACAGCUUCCUCAUCAGUCUGAACAUCAAACAAGCCUGUUGUAGAUUCGGUCAGCCGAAAAUGACCCCAGUAGUCACACAGACACAGUGCUGGUGUACAUACUGUAUAUCUUUGUAGUCCAGUGGCAGUUAACAGCUGAGCAGCGUCUAGUACAAGCAUGCAGGAACAAGUUCCUAAAGUAAGUCAUAGUCUAAGAUCUGCACUCAGUACGAUCAGUUGUGUAAGACACCUACUAUAAUAGCAGCUAUUAUGUAAAGUGCCAUAAUGAACGUGUUGAAUUUACAUCAUUGUAAAAGGAAAGAAUAAAUCUUCAGACCACCUGCUGAUGCUGGAGAUUGUAUGAUUACCAUUAACUGAGAAAAGCCUGAGUUAAGAGAAAUGGGUUGAAUUUCUGUCUGCAUUUGUUUGAGGAAUAAAACUCAUGAGCCCUCUGGUA